AGGUCCAUUUCGUGGCAAUUUAGUGAUUUUCGAGUUUUGUCUCAGUAAAUUGGAUUGCGAGUUUGAGUCGGGUUCGGGUAGUGUCCGAUAUCGACACCCCUCUGUCUCCGGCCGGCCUAUCAUCCAUCAUUACAUACAAAAUAACGUAAGAGAAAAAACCGGAAGCAUAUCUCUAAAAUGGAAGCUCUUCUCUGCAGAAACCUAGGAGACCCAACUGUAGUUCCCGACUCAACUGCCACCUCAGCACUCACAAUCGACAAGUCUCAUCCCAUCCCACAACUAAACUCACCGACUGGUGUCAGAGUCAGAGUCAAAGCCACCAGUUUGAAUUUCGCUAAUUUUUUACAGAUUCAAGGCAAGUAUCAAGAGAAAUACCCUUUGCCCUUCAUUCCAGGCUCCGAUUUCUCCGGUGUUGUCGAUUCCGUGGGACCCCAAGUCACUGCUUUUAGUGUUGGUGAUCAUGUUUGUGGGUUUAUCUCCCUUGGGUCUUUUGCGCAAUUCGUUGUUAUUGAUCAGGCUGAUUUGUUUCGGGUACCUGAUGGAUGCGAUCUAGUUGCUGCUGGUGGACUUCCUGUUGCAUAUGGAACAUCUCAUGUAGCACUAGAUCAUAGAGCUCACUUGAGUCCUGGUCAGGUGUUGCUCGUUCUCGGUGCAGCAGGAGGUGUUGGGAUUGCUGCUGUACAAAUUGGGAAGGUCUGUGGAGCCACUGUUAUUGCAGUAGCCAGGGGUGAUGAAAAGGUGUGUCUUUUGAAGUCUAUGGGGGUCGAUCAUGUUGUUGACUUGAGCACAGGAAACAUAACUGAAAGUGUCAAGGGAUUCCUGAAGGCAAAAAAACUCCGAGGGGUUGAUGUUUUGUAUGAUCCAGUAGGAGGCAAGGUGACAAAAGAGUCAUUGAAGCUUUUAAACUGGGGAGCACAAAUCUUGAUCAUCGGGUUUGCAAGUGGAGAGGUUCCAGUCAUUCCUGCAAAUAUUGCUCUUGUAAAGAAUUGGACAAUUCAUGGGCUUUACUGGGGAAGUCAUAAAUUAAACAAACCCGGAGUUCUUGAAGAUUCGUUGAAUGAACUGCUCUCCUGGCUGGCAAAGGGUUUAAUUACCAUUAAUGUGUCUCAUACUUUCAGCCUGUCACAGGCCAACCUUGCAUUUGCUGCUAUUAGGGAUAGAAAGGUGAUCGGAAAGGUGAUGAUUGUUUUUGAUGAUCCAAAAAAUGUCAAGUCUAAGCUUUAAUUUGUUUAGAAAAAUUACUGGAAUUGGCUGCAUAAACUCGACAAUGUACUCGAAUGUUACUCUCCCACAUUACAUAGCAAAUGGCUGUCCUGUUUUCAGCAUCAAGAUCACAGUCUGAGUAGUAUGGAGGUAAACAUUCAGCAACCGACAUAAUAAAUGUAGUAAUAAUAUGCCAGUGUGUGUAAUUAUGAAUGCCAUUGUAACUUAAAAAUAAUAUUUGAGAAAAUAAGAUGUGAAGAAACAUAAGCAUAAGGGAUCUUGUUAUA